CUUGUAUAUAUAUUUAUAAAGAAAAAAAAAUGUUACGCAUUACAAUAGUAUUAUGUUUAUUCAUUGCUCUCAUCAGUGGUAAAUAAAUAAAUAACAUACAUAUAUAAAUGGACGAUUAGAGAAUAUAAUGAUAAUUCUUUGCAUAAUUACAGCUAGUGAAGUCAAGUACAUUAUGGCUUUGAAAUCACCUGUUACUAAAGAAUCAUAUAAACAAGCUAAAGUGGAUGUUGAAUCUAUGGGAGGUAAAGUUGAACAAGAAUUCCAUGCUGCGUUUAAAGCAGUUCUUAUCUCUUUACCAAGUGAACAAGCAAAUGCACUUGAAGCAAAAUCCUACGUUGAUUUUAUGGAACAAGAUAAAUCAGUUCACAUUGCUUAAAAUAGUUUAAAAUAAUAAUAAUAAUAAAAAGAAAAAAAAAAAAAAAAAAAAA